AUGGCUUUCCCUGCUGAACUCAGGGCCCUUAUAAGUACUGUUCUGGUCCUAAUCCUUGUUCCUCCAGCUUCUAGUCUUAAUAGUACUGAUCACUACUGUCCUCCUUCUUCCUGUGGCAAUAUCCCUAACAUCAGCUAUCCGUUUCGACUAAAAGGCGAUCCACCAAACUGCGGAGACCAAAGGUACGAGCUCUCAUGUGAUGACAACAACCACACGUUGUUAUCUUUACGUGGUAGUAACUACUACGUAAGCCAAAUCAAUUACAACAACUACACAAUCCGAAUUGUAGACUCAGGUAUUCAGGAGGAUAAUUACUCCCUCAUCCCUCGUUAUUUUCUAAACCGUGGUAAUUUCAGUAUUUCGAGGCUGCCGGACUGGGAUAUUUCAGUACUGCGUUUUACUGAAGUUGUGGUUAUUGUGAACUGUGAAAAGCCAGUGAGUUGGGCUUCCUCUUUCCAUUGGAACACGACUUCUACGAAUUGUUCUAAUAUUAAUAAUGGAUAUGGGUCUUCUUCCAACUCCUCUUUUUCUCAAGAUUCCAAACGGUACUUAUAUCUUAUUGUUGGCCGUGGAGCGAAUGUGAUGGAUGUGGAGGAGUCGUGUACGAUAGAGCGAAUGUCUCUGACAUCGUGGCGAGGACAAAUUUAUGCUGAUCCUAAUAUUUCUUGUACAGACAUUCGCAAUGUAUUCUCAUAUGGUUUUGAGCUUUCAUGGUACCCAAUUUAUUGUGGAAGCUGCGGAUCAUACGAUAUUUGCUACCUCGAUGUGCACGAUAAUCAAGUUCAUUGCUACCAAUGGGGCGGUGAGUAA